AAGACGAUAUAGUGACAAUUCAGGAAGAACUUGGUAUUGUCAGUUACACUAAUCAAGAAAUGGCAGAAGAAGCCGAUAAAAAUGCGAGAGUCAAUGAAGCGUAUCAGAUAUUGCACCGCGUUAGAAAGUUAAAUCAAAAUGUAGUGCAUGUUCUAACAAAUUUACGUGGUGAUAAUUUGCUGACAGACCGUGAAGAUUUACUUCAUUUUAUUAGCUAUCGAUGUAAUGUCGUGGAAUAUCCUGACUUAGAGGAAGCUCAUUGUUUACUAGCUGACCAUCUUAGUGAAUACGAUUAUGACAUUAGUGUUGCUGAAGAUUGCCUUUCUAUUAAUUCAAAAAUCACAGAAAAUAAUGAAGGCAAAGAAUUGCUUUUAAAU